AAAGUAAUAUUGAAAAAGAUACUGAAGAGGAUUUUCCAGUAUUUAAAAAGGCCCAUUCUAAUGAAUCACAAGAGUUUAAUAAUCAGUUAAAAAAUUUUAUAUACUUAACUGAGAAAAAAAAGAAUAUUUUACAAGAUUAUUCAAAUAUAGUUCAAAAGGAUGUAGCAAAUAUAAUUGGCUCUCAAGAAUUUUUUAAUGAUGUUGAAUAUUUAUCACAGAUUAUAUAUUCUGCAAAAGAAGCAAUCACAGCUGUUGAUUCUAAAUCAACUACUUUAGCAGAUGUUUAUAUUAAAUUAGUUCAAUUA